GCCCAUACUAGGGAAGAAAAACAUCUUUGCUUGGAUUGGAUGGGAUUGAAUUUUACUUUGUGGUCUAUAUUUUGCCUCACUCGAUAGUUUGAAUCAAUCUUCUUAUCCUUUAGUCUCAUUCCAUAUAUUUUAUAAGCACAUCAAUCUCCAAAUCCUUUUGCAUCUUCAAUUGCAAAAACUUGCAGAAAAUUGAGAAAAAAAAUCGAAAAUCAUGGAAGCCUGUUUUCUUUCCUCGAAUUCCUUCACUAAAACCAUUGAAUUCGUCCCCUCGAUCAAAGCAAGGAUUCUUUCUUCCCCCAGGAGAAAGUCCAGUCAAUUUGAUUGUAGAAAAGCUGGCAUUCCAUCUUCUAUAACAUGUUGCCAAUUGGGAUCACCAUCUCCGCAAGACAGUGACAAACCUUUUGUUGAUCCUGACUGGCGAUCAUUCAGAGCAAGAUUAGUUGCCGGAGAACGAGCAUCAAGGCCGGAAGAGGCGCCUUCCUCCGCGGUUGAUCCCGAUACUGCGGUGGAUCAACCUCCACCAGUUAGUAUUGGGAGAAAAUGGGCUCACACAAUCCAUGAGCCUGAGAAGGGCUGCCUUCUCAUAGCCACCGGGAAGCUUGACGGGGUCCACAUUUUCGAGCGGACGGUCAUCCUGCUCUUAUCAACAGGUCCGGUGGGUCCAACGGGGAUCAUACUCAACCGGCCGUCGCUGAUGUCGAUCAAGGAGACAAGAUCAACGGUGCUGGAUGUGGCGGGAACGUUCUCGGAUAGGCCGUUGUUCUUUGGUGGGCCAUUGGAGGAAGGGUUGUUCCUGGUGAGGAGUGAUGGUGGUGGUGAUGAUGGGGUGGGGAAGAGUGGGGUGUUUGAGGAAGUGAUGAAAGGGUUGUACUAUGGAAGUAAGGAGAGUGUGGGUUGUGCUGCAGAGAUGGUGAAGAGGGAUGUGGUUGGGGUUGGGGACUUCAGGUUCUUUGAUGGGUACUGUGGGUGGGAAAAAGAGCAGCUCAAGGAUGAGAUUAGGGCAGGGUAUUGGACUGUGGCUGCCUGUAGCCCAAGUGUUAUUGGGCUGGCUAGUGUUGGGAAUCUUGGGCUCUGGGAGGAGAUACUUGGGCUCAUGGGCCCAAAAAAGGUUUGGUGAAUCCCAUAGCCAUUCAAACUUUGUACAUUACUUAAGGGCACAUCAUGGGUCUUCCCAAAUUGCAACCCCAAGUGCCCAUUUAGGGUUAUUGUAAUGGGAAUUUGUGUGUGUGUGUGUGUGUGUUUUAUUUUUAUUUUAAUGGUGCACAGAAAAGGUAGUAUUCUCAAAUAAUGUGCGGGUAUUAUGUGAAAUAGUAGAGUAAAUUAAAAUAACAUUUCUAUCUUGUGUA